UCUUUCGCCGUGUGUGUUCACCGUGCAGAGUGGGUCACACGGACAGCUCGUGCCGAGGUUAUCGGCGGUGGUGUGAAACCGAAUGAUUUGGUUUGGAUUUUGAGAUGGAAAAUUAAAGCUAGAUUAUUAUUCAUAUAGAAAAUAUGUGUGUUUUGUGACAGUAUAUUAACGUACGGCUGAAUAAAGCUAUAGAAAAGUAUUUUAUAAUCAUGUGUGAUCAUGUCUGGGAGCCUCUAGCCGAGGUUUACAUCGCUGAGCAAAAUCAGUUUUCUGACCCUGAUGCUUACAUCUAUUGUUUGUGCAGCCGAGUCUUCAUAAAAAGGAAUCCGGAGCAUUUUACGGUAUUCACCACGGAAGAUGCUAGCGAAGAUGAAGAUGUCGAGGGGGAUCGUGUUGGUGAAAUGUUGGACAACCAGAAACGAAACUUGGCCGAUAGUCAAUCGAUAGGCAAACAUGACGAAGAACCGUUGAGUUGUUAUUGCAGUGCUUCGCACACGGACAAUAAUUACUCAACAGACGAACAUGAUUCUGUUCGCGACUCGUCUCACCGACCACCGGCAUCGUCUUUCCCCCAGAAGUUUGGUUUGCAUCAGUCUGAUUCGGGCGCGGAUUUAUCGGAAUAUCACGAUUAUCACGAAGCUAAAAGUAUUCAAAACCUAUUCGCAAGUUAUGGUAAAACCUUCAGCAGCGGAGAUGCGGACGACAUCAAAGAGGAUGAGAAUGCAUACGAGAGAAUGGAGCGCAAGAGUAGAAUCUUCAGAAUGUACAGGGAAAGUGAUGAUGAAAACAUGAGUUUGGGGGCUUUGCAAUCUGAUAUGCACAAUGGGUGCCAAGUUUCAUCAUCAAAUACCAAUCUCUACUGCCAUUCAGAGAUGAGGGAUAGCCAAUCGUUAAAAAUGGAGGAUGGGUCCGAUCUCGAUAAAUGUCAGACCGCUAGACUGAGCAAUGAUUGUCCAAUAUCAAAAACGGAUUUUAGCUCUGAUCCACAAAGCAAGUGUUCCAAAAUAAUCAAUUCAAGCAGUCAAGCGGCUGCCUUAACUGUGAUAAAACGUGAUAGCUCAAAUUAUAGAAGCGAAGUAGAGGCAUUGUGGGGAAGAUUCUGGGCGGAAAAUGGGGAGCAGAUAAUUUGGGCAUCUUGGAUAGAGAAAUAUGCUGAUUACAUAAAUCCGGAUUACAUGCAGCAAAACCAGCUGCCGAUAAAGGGCAAUUGCGCUAAUGGACAGAAGCAAAAAACUGCCUCAGAAGCCUUCCCAGAGCAAAAUACGUGUUUUCCAAAUCAGGCUCACAAAAAUUGUGAAAUAAACCGUUCCAACUUUGAAGGAAUAUUCAGUAAAACCAUAAACGACCCAAGCAUAAUGGAUGUCAAAUGUGUAGCAGAUGAUAGCACCAAUUUUCCAUUUCAAGAUACAAACAAAAUAAGCAUAAACCACAACGAAGCCGAUGAGAACAGAAAGAAACUGAUAAACCGCGAGUUAUCUCCUGACAUAGAAGAAGGCUGGAAUCCUCUGAGUCCGUUCAGCAUGGAGGAAAGUUACAACCAACCGUCUAACAUGGAAGACGAACGACUGAUAACGACGUCUCGAUGCAGUUCCAUCAGCGAAUCAAUCGCCAACACAAAUGCAACGACGGACUCGAUGACCGACGUGACUAAAAUGACCAUAACCAGCUCCAGCUGUGAUUCAAAUUCCAUUCAAUCUUCCAGCUUGUUCAGUUCAACUACCAGCUCGAUAGAAAGUAACAUCACAAGCGGUAGCUCAGAAAUUGAAAACGAGCCCGGAAUGGAAGAUGCCGACAGGUAUUGGCAGCAGUUGUGGAAGGAGCAUUUUCAGGAACAGUACUGGCAGCAGUGCAAACUGUUCGUCGAAAGGUACGACCAGCAAUUGGCGUUGCACAUCGAGAUCAAUGUUCACCCGGAGGGAAAUGAUCGAUCUGUAGACACAACCAAUGUCGGUAAACGUUACGCGAAUACCAGCGAAAUCGAAGAUUUGGGAAACGAAAGAGAAGAGAAGCUGAACUGUGACGCGCAAAGACAGGAGGAAUUCAUUCAGGCCAAAGAAUCAAAGGAUAUUAAUGAGAAGUUGUAUCCAAAUGCGAUAGAGAAUAAAGUAAAUUCCAGAAAGAAGAAAAUGAUCAUGGAAUCCGUUGGAACGCUUAUGCAAAAUUUAACCAUGCAUUGCGAUGAGACUCAACCUGCCAAUGAUGGCGACGCACAGGAUAAUUCUACAACCAAAGGCAGUGAUCACAGUCAGAGCACACUGGUCAAUAGUGAUGUUUCUUCAACUACGCUUCAGAGUACGCCACCUGCCGACAUUCUGAGAGGUUUGUCAAGCGCGAGCGAUGGAGACCGGCCAAAUGACGAAAAACCAACGACGUUAAAAAGAUGUCACGAAGCCGAUAACGACGAAUACAGCGAGGGCUUAGAGACGGUUAAAAAAGCCUUCUCCCUGAUGGGCUACACGUUUAAUAACGAUCAACGACAGACAAAAUUACAGGGUGAAGUUGUGUACAGGAAGCGCAACAUUAGAUUACAGAACAGACAGCUCAAAAUUAAAUUCAAUAGAUCUAGGCCAGUCAACAAGCACACAUAUUUUGACGACAAUGGGGAGGAGGUUACAAAUACUUUGGACAAGACAUCGCAAAAUUUGGCAUACCUUCCAACAAAGACCACCGCAGAACCGGUCUUGAAGACAAAUGACAGAGGGUCUUACACAACGCUGUUUACCUCAAGUUCAGACGAAGAGUGCGAUCAAAAGUUUGCAUCGAAAUUGCCUGUUAAACGUCUCCUGUUUAAUAAACCAAGCACAAGCUCUAUCGAUUCAAAAAUCGAUAUAGACGACCAAAUUGUAGGCACAAUCGACCAACCCGUCAUACAAAGUUGUGAGAAAAUUUUGCCCAAUAGUGAAACAGUCGAAUAUGCAGAACUUGUCAAGGAAUAUGAUGUCAAUAAUUUGGCGAAUGCUGGUGAAAUUCAACAAUCAAAUCACGAGGGCUAUGAUUCAAUCAAAGAGACUGAUAAUGUUGAAGAUGAUGCACCAACUAAAGAUUACAACGAAGAUAAAAAUCUGAGUAAGAAUGUUUCCAUGGAUGUGGACGCCAAAUUUCAGGACGAUGUUUUUGAGGGGAAAUUUACCGAUGACGAUAUUGCUAAAAGGAUACAAAAAAAGAAAAAACGAAAGCAGAACAAACGUAACAUUUGUCUUCCUCCCGAAGUUGCCGGUGACAGAACAUUGAUGAAGUAUUGGGUUAAACGAUAUCGUUUGUUCACCAAAUUUGAUCAGGGUAUCAAACUGGAUAGUGAAAGCUGGUUUUCCGUCACGCCGGAAAAAAUCGCUCAACAUAUAGCCGAAAGAUGCAGGUGUGACACGAUCAUAGAUGCUUUCUGCGGAGCAGGAGGAAAUGCUAUCCAAUUUGCCUUAACUUGUGAAAGAGUAAUCGCGAUAGACAUCGAUCCAAUGAAGAUACAGCUUGCUCGUCACAACGCGAAAAUUUACGGCGUCGAGAAAAGAAUAGAGUUUAUCGUUGGUGAUUAUUUGCAACUUGCUCCAAAGCUGUUUGCCGACGUCGUGUUUCUUAGUCCUCCAUGGGGGGGUCCGAAAUAUUUAAUGGAUGAAACAUUCGACAUUGAAAAAAUAUUGGCACCACUUGGCGGAACGGCAUUGUACAAUACAUCAAAAAGCAUAACUGAGCAUGUAGCUUAUUUUUUGCCUAAGAAUGUUGACACCAUGCAGCUUGCAAUGUUAGCCGGUCCAGGAGGCGCCGUAGAAAUGGAACAAAAUUUUCUUGACAAACAGCUGAUAGCCUUAACUGCUUACUACGGUGAAUUGAUUAAGGAAUAAAAGAAAAUGUGAUAACACCGGAUUUGUGUAUCAGGAGACACUAUUUAAAACAAUUAUCUAUUGUUUUAAGUAUCGUCAAAACGCCUUCAUGUGGUUUGUAAAAAGUAUUCUCUACCCAUAUCUUGAAAAACUUUAAUAUGUGAUUUCGGUCGAAGGAAGAAUGAUUAUAUCUGCAACUUUAAUUCGUAUCGCUUUACAUAGUAAGUACGUUACGUUUGAGUCACGAAUUGCUCUCCAACUUUUAUAAUAGAAUUCAGCACAAAAUAAUCAAUUUGACAUAGGAUCGUCGUCUUCUACCUGAAUAAUGUAGCAGUUCUGAUUGCUAAGUGUGAGAUUCACAGAUUUAUUCCAAGGAAAAUUGCUUCCUUCUGAAAUUCGAGACUCAUUUUUUUAAUUCCUUUUUAACAACUUGAUUUUUUAUCCUCAGUUUAGGAAGAGCCGAGAAUCGAGGAGAUUAAGCACAAAGAUUCCGAACAAUCCUUAAUACCUUUCCUUUUUUUACGAAUUGAGUUACCUCUGAAACUGACAGUAUAUUUGAUCGCGUUAGGGGUUCUUUUUUAUAUUAAAUAUUUGGAUCAACGAUUGGAUUUGUUUUAUAUUAUGGCUAAUUACAAUAUGUCUUCAAAUUAAAUUUGAAGUUGGUUAAAAUUUUUUAAGAGUGAAAAGUAUAGGGAAAUUAAGUGUGAUGGAAAUAUUUCCGAAAAAGUGACCAAAAUAUAGAUUAACUUCACUUCAUUUUGUAUCACCAAGAAUCUGAACUGAACCAAUGUUUCGCUUUAAAUAUUUUCUAUUAUGCUGCCAUUACAAACGGAUCGGUGUUUUUUAUUUGUAUCUACAUUACAAAAAUUUUUUUCUCACUCAAAUAUAAGUUGUCUAAUUGUGAGAUGAGUUACUGAAGAUUAGUGAUCAAUUUAAACGAUUAACCUUAUCGAAGUUUUAGUUACAGAUUUCUACGAAAAUUGAAUGCUACAGUUUACUAUCUAUAAUGUGCGCAUACAGUAUUUAAUUCGCAUAAUAAGUGUGAUUACGUUGACGCAAUCACGAAUUUCAGUUACACAUUGAAAGAAAAUAUUUCCAAUUUGAAUGCGGCACAAAGAGAAACUACCGAGUUUAAGAAAAUUCACUCGAUAAACACUCAUAUUUUAUGCAUUUAAGACUAAUAUAAUCUAGUUCUAUUGUAUUAUACGUAUUGUUUGCACUGUCAGGUUAUUUAAAAACAAGAAUAAGAAAAAAAAAAAAACAGUACUAGAAAAAACUAAAUGUAACGAAAAAUAUGAAAGAAAAAGAUACGAAUGUGCCUACUAUUUUGGUUUGUAUCAUAUUGACUCUUCUUUACAUAUUGUUCUAUUCAAAUAAAGCUGAAUUUUCAUUUUCAGAUCAAAUUGUAA